ACAUGCAAGUACAUACACACACACAUAAACACAUGCAAGCACAUACACACACACACACACAUAAACACAUGCAAGCAGAUACACAAACAUACUUUUACAUACGCUACUACGAACGGUAACUCGUCAGAUGCCCGUAAAACCAUCUAUGAUUGGUCAAUUUGAUUUUAGUCAUUAGUCCUAAUCUGAUUGGCUAAUAUCCUGAAAGCGGUUAAGUUAAAUGCCGUCGGAGCAAAUUAAACUCCACCAAAACAACAUUGGGUCAGUUUCAUUGUCGAGUUAAGCGAAAUGGAAACUAUGAUUGAAUAUGAAAUCUUUGAUUUCCAGCAAGAAUAUGAAACUUUUGAAACGAAGUUGAUGCAGUUUGAGGAGAAUUUUAUGGCACAAAUCAAUGAAAACUGGACUAAAAGGGUUCUUGUUACCCAAAGUAAUCACAACUCCAGAAUAGGCAGUGGCAAAGAAAAAUGCCAAGAGAUGAAUCUAAUUUUGGAGAAGAAGCAGGAAGAAUCUCAGAAAAAGUGCCGUGUCCUUGAGGAACGUAAUUGUAAAAUGCAAGAACUGAAGGCUGUUUACCGUGAAGUAAAUUCCGAAGCCAAUGACCUCAUCCACAAGAAGGAACAAAUGGAAAAAGACUUGAUGUUAAUGAUGGAGAAAAUACAUCAAGAGAAGGAUCUGAUAUCCAAACAAGAUAAUAGCGUCAGCAAAAAAAUGAAAGAAUAUGAAAAAGCUAAAAAUUAUUUCAUUGAGAGAUUGGGUUUGCAUUUCAAGAAGACGUCAAGUGAUCGAAUACAGAUGGUGUUUAAAUCAAUUAACCACCGCAAACCCAACAAACUGUACAUUUUCUCUAUAAAGAUUGAUGAAAACAGCAAAUACCUUGUUACUGAGUGCCACCCGUUGGUCCCAAACAUAGAGGAACUUGUUCAAAAGUUGAAUGCAACCAAUAACUUGAGCAACUUCAUUCUGUCAAUGAGAAAAGCUUUCAAAAGCCUCUGCCACUGAAAUGUAAUAUCUUUCCACAGCAGUUUAUUCCUGAUCUGGAGAUGUGGUGUGUUUACGCUACCCUGCAGUUUACCUCAGACUAGAAGAUGUGGUCUGUUUCUACAGCAAUGACAUCAGGGUGUGGCUACACUGUGUUUUUUGCUUUUUUUUAAAAAAUAUAUAUAUAUAUAUGUAUAUAUUUUAUUUUGCUUGAAUCUCUGUUACCGUAUGGGAAGCUUUUGUAAACUCGGUGUACAUGUGGUCAUGAUUAUGUUUUUUUUUUAUGUUGUGAGUGUUAGUCUUGGUGAUCGUCUCUCUUACAAACACACACACACACACACAGAUAUUGAUCUGUAAAUAUGUAUAUUCAUGCACAUACUUUCAUUGGGUACACACAUUCAUUUCUCUUUGUCUCUUUCUGUAUAUGCUAGGGUCCUGUGAUGAGCCUGCGAAACUAAGCUGCAUGGGGGGCUGAAUCAAACUGUUUUAAAUAAAAGUAUAUGCAACUC